CGGCGAGUGAGCUGUUUCCUUAUGAUCCAUUGUACAAUCUCAGUGCCAACUCCAAACCUUCACAGGAACGCGGAGGCUGCACUGCCCCUCGCCUUUCGACAUUUCCCACGCAGACUGGGAGGGUUGAGAAGUUUACUUUUUACUCCUCCUUUGUUUGAGGUUUUCACAGGGCAACAGGAAUCCAUCCGUGAUUCUCACUGCAUUCAGCAGGGAAGGAAUUGGUUUGUUUGAACCGAGGGAAAAAUGACCUUCCGCUUUCUUGUCAUUUUCCUAUGCCUGAGGCUGGUCUGGCUGAAGGAACGCCUGGAGAAUCCCGACGGUGCGGACAACAGUCACAAGGAUUUCUUUGGAGACGAGGUUGAAUCAGGCAGGCAUCGAGGGACCCAGCGCUUCCAAGGCUUUGAAAGUGUUGAGGGCCAUGCUGAUGAUACGCUGGGUGGCUGGGGCUAUGAGGUGGUCCAGGGAACCAAUAAACCAUUCUCCUAUGUCCGAACUACCACCUCCGAUUCUUCCAAGAGGCUAAUGCAGGCUGCAGUUACCAGGGUGCGAGCACCCUUAAAACCACCACCAGGAAGGAACUGGUGUGCCUUUGUGAAAUCCAAAUUGUCCACUGUCGUGGUUUCAUGUGGGGUUGAGCGAUAUGCCCAAAGGACCACGGAGCCCUGCAUGAAUGGGAUGGUUAACUGCCAAAACGGAGUGUACCAGCUGGCUCUUAGACCUUUAUACAAGGUGAAGCAGAUGAUUGUGACCUCCUUGGAGUGGAAAUGCUGUCCUGGAUACAUAGGAUCCAGGUGUGAACACACAGUUCCUGAGGAGCUGACUGCACCAGCCUCCCUGAAACAGGCCCUGGGAGGAGAGCAAGUGAUCGAAGAACUCAUAAACCCAAGAGAACCUGUUACAUCAAUUGAUGACCUGCAGGGCUCAGAAUCGAAGCUGCAUCAUCUACAGGACGAUGUUUCUGUUACCACUGCCUCCACACAAGCCUUCCAAGAACUACUGAAUAACCUGACGAAAAUUAAUCCCUCAAUGGAAAACAAGGAAAACAGAACAGAAUUUCCAGCGCUUCAGGAUAUAUUAAAGCCUCAUGUUGAAAAUUACUUGAGACAGCACCUUCAUUCCUUGUGGACAACCUUUAACAAAAGCCUGCAGCACCUGUCUGAUAUGGUCCUCAACUUAUCACAAGAUAUAGAAGUCAACAGGAAGAAUAUUAAUGAGCUCUCAAAACAGCGAAUACCUCAAAGGGAACUGGAGGAAAUCAGCACUAAGUUACAAUCGAAACUUGAUGAGAACAUCGAGCAGCUGCAGAAGGUUGAGGACAUAUUGAAUGAUCAACAACAUAAGCUAAAUUAUGAAUUGCACGCCCAGAAGGUUAACCUUGACCACAAUCUAACCAUGAUUAAAACAGAGACAGAUCUAAAAGUUAAGCGCAGUCAGAAGAUGAUUCAGAUGAAAUCGCAUCUUCUAGAAAACACAACAGCUGAGAUGAUGAAAGAACAAGACAGACUAUGGCAAGAAGUCGACACUUUAAAUGAUCGUCUAGCAAAGAUUAUCGAGCUCAACGGCUCAAAAUCAUGUUCAUCAUGCGACUCAAAAACUGUCCACCAAGUCAAAGGAAUGUCAAAACAGGACUUUGACCAACUUAGGGAAACUGUUGAGGUUCAUUCAAGGAAUUUUACGCACUUAAAUAGAAUCUGUGGAUUAUUUCAUCCUGCAUCAAAAGCAAUUUCUGAUUUCCAGCAACAGUUGAAGAGGCAGGAGUCAAAUUGUGCACAACUGGUGGCUGGCCUGAAGACAGAUAUGAAUCAAAAACUGAAUGAAACCAACAUGAGUUUCACAGAGAACAUUUUAAGACUGAAUGUUUCCUUUAACCAUCAAAGUUCAAGUCACGAGGAACGUCUUUACAACCUUGACGGUGAUGUGAAAGAACUGAAACAAAAGUUAUAUAGAAUGGCAGAUGACCAGGUUUGCGGCUGUCAAAAGUUAAUUGUGGAUUAUGGUUUGGUUGUUGAUAACCUAAGGAAUGCCAGUACCUUCAUGGACAAAAUGUACUUUGAUCUGAAUGAUGUUAAGCAGCAGGAGCUAGACUUACGAAUUAAUCUAAAUUAUUCUGUUCAAGAUUUGUUCAGGUCUUCUCAACAAAGACAUCAAGAUGUCCAGAAUCUCUUGUUCUUGCAGCAAGAAGAAAUCAACACUUUAACUGAAGACAUCACAACACUUCAGAAGAAUUCCACAAUGAUUAUGAGAGAAAUUAAGCAUUUGAAAAAAUUGGAUGCUACCAUGGAUUCUCACAUCAAAUACCUCAAUAGUUCCUUCAGUUCCCUUUUGGAAGAUGCUUUAAGGCACACAGUCAUUCUGCAGAGUGUGACGGGGCAGGACAUAUUGGAGAUCACAUCUGACGGUGCAACAGAGCUCCAAAAGCUAUCCAUUAGUGCUUUAUAUCAAAACCUUAAUGAGACAGAGAAUGACCUUGUUACCCAUAAAAUAAUUUUGGAAAACAUCAACAAAAGGGUGCAGGUGCUUGAAGAGGGCAGGUCAAAUGAUAAAAUUAGGGAAUCAAGUGGUUUGGAUUAUGGAGAAAAUGUCUUGAAGGACAACUCAUCAGAAAUAGACGAUAGAGACCACCUUUUCCUUGAACACAUGGAAGCAAACUUUGAGGCACUGGAAAAGGAACAAAUGGACGAUUCAAAGUAUGAUUCCAAUGAAAUAUCAAACAUUAAAAAAGACAUUGAAAUGUUGAAUUUGAAAGUAAUUAAACUGGAAUCCCAUUGUAAUAAUGAAGAUCCUUACUACAAUCAGAGCUUGGAACAAAUAAAGGAACUGUUUACAAAAUCAGUGGAGACUGUGCAGUCAGAUGUGUCAUCUUUAAAACAGUUCCUUGACAGUCACAUCUCUGUGUUUCAGAAGCUCACAGGUAGUGUGCACAACCUUUCUAAUGGGACAUUCCGUGUUGGACGAGGUAGCUUUGGCUCCAAGCGAAUGAAAAAACAGCACAGGCAAAGCCACCAUGGCAGCAAACACCUGGAGAUUUAUGGAAAUGCUUCAAUUGCAGUCAGCCAAAGUAGCAUCCCAAAUGCACAGGAAUUCCAGGUUGCGUUUUAUGUGGGACUUUCCAACAAUUCAGGAACUAACAUGAUUUUGAAGUUUGACCAGAUCUUCCUGAACUAUGGAGAUGGUUAUUCAAUGGAAAAAGGUUACUUUAAAGCUCCAUUCAAAGGCAUCUAUGUGUUCGUGGUGACCGUGGAGUUUGGCCACGGAUCUGGUCUUAGUUAUCUUUCGGUUGAUGGCAACCACACAAUCACAUUGCAUAACAGCAGGAAAAGACAUCAGCACAACAGCCUGGUUUGGGGCUAUGCCAUCCUCCAGCUCAGUAAAGGACAGCAUGUGUGGGUAGAGGUGACACAAGGGGUUGUAAUUCAACAGACCCCGCCGGAGACAACAUUUGGUGGAUUUCUGUUAUUUAAAACAUUUUAAGGUUUCAUUACCAGACCUGAAAAGAGAAGAAACAUCAGACUAUAUUAACAAAUUCACUGUUGGAGGUUUCCAUUCAGGAACAAGACCUUUGCUGAUCAUCUUCCUUUACAUUGUUGCACUAUGCUCACUCACCAUAAAGAGUUCCCCUAGGUUUUGCAGACUCAAAGGGCUGAAUGGCCCACUCCUGCUUCCUAUUUUCCUGGUAGCUCGUGGUUCUGUUUAUUCACGUGCCUGUAGAUGCAUUACAUUUGAUUCAGAAAUUACAUAAAGAUGCAUCCCUUUUGGGACAGAGUAAUAAAUUUUGAA